GGCGGAGGAAAGUGGCGAUUCUUGUGAACUUUUUCCCACGUAUAUGAAGCCGGACACCAUCCCCUCCCCUGUCAGUCAAACACUCGACAGUCUCGAAGCCUGUCUCCUCCUCUCUCCCUCAAUAGAUUGGCCACCAUCUGUACUCAUUCGCUCCAAAAUUUCUCAUACCAUCUCCGCCUUUGACCUCGAACUCGGGGUCAGAAUGACGACGGCGCUCCCCGGAGGCGGCUGUACCAAUGGACCGUGCGCGUCCUUUUUGGACACCCUCUUUCGAGAGUCGAGUGUUGAGCUAAAAAAGGCUGGACCUUUCACGAAAUCGCAAGAAGAAUUCGCGUCCAUAGCUGUUCUUGACAGUGGCGACCCCGGCCAGUUAGGGUCGCUUUUCGAUUCUGUUCCGUCCCCACAAUUAGCCAUCGGCCAUGGCGAAGUUGAUACUGGGCCGCUUUUGCGUCCGUGCCUGACUCGGCCCGAACCCCAUUCAGCUCUGGCCGCACAGGUGGUGAAGAUCGAAGAGGGAGAGGAAGAUGAGGAGGUGGAGAUCAUUGCUGAUCCCAGGGAUGCUGCUGCCGUAUCGCCGUCAUGCUCGUUGCGGGCAGCGGCAGACGAAGUGGCAAGACCGAUGCAGGGGCUGGGGGAGGCAGGGCCGGCGCCGUUCCUGAGGAAGACAUACGAGAUGGUGUCGGACCCGAGUACGGACCCGGUGCUGUCGUGGAGUUCGAGCCGGGACAGCUUCGUUGUGUGGGACCCGCACGAGUUCUCAAAGCAGGUUCUGCCUCGAUACUUCAAGCAUUCCAACUUCUCCAGCUUCAUCAGGCAGCUCAACACUUACGGUUUUAGGAAGAUUGAUACUGAUCGAUGGGAGUUUGCAAACCGAGGUUUUCAGGAAGGGAAGAAGCACUUGCUGAAGAACAUAAGGAGGAGACGCAAACUCAGCGAUCAUAGGACAACAUCGAGUAGUACCGUUGCUUCGGAUUACCCAGAGGCUGGAAAGGAAGCUGAACUUGAAAUGCUUAAGAGGGACCAGGAAGCGUUGAAGGCUGAGAUCCUGAAACUAAGAGAAGAGCGGGAGAACUCGCAGCAUGAGAUCAACCAGGUCAUCGAGCGGAUUCGCUAUGCCGAGUGCAGGUGUUGGCGGAUGUUCCUCUUCCUUUCCAAAGCAGCCAAAACCCCAAAUUUUGUCCAGCAUGUAAUCCAAGAGAAGAGGCAGAAGAGAGAAUUAGAGGCUUGUGAAUUGAGCAAGAAGAGCAAAUUGCUUGGUCCCGAUGACGAAGCCACCAAAUACUUGCUCGACAUAACGGAUCACAAGAUUCAAAGCCCGAAUGUUGAUUGCCUGAGAAUCGGUGAUGAUUCGGCACCGAUCGAGUCUUGGCCAAACAAUGUUUUACCGUUGGAUCUUGAGACCGUUCAGAUGCACAACCCGUGGUCUCCUCCGAUGGGUGGUGCGGAUUUCAGGGUUAUGCAGGGUCAGACACCCGAUCAGAUGGCCGGAGCUAGUCCGUCAGAUUUGCCUUCCGUUUUCCAUGAGAAGUCGGAGAAGCUCCUCGGAGACAACAUGGUCGUGGGCAACGAUGCGAUGGAUGACCCAGGAAUCUAUCUUGAGCUGGAGGGUCUGAUUGAGAAGUCCUGUGGUUGGAGAGAGUACACAAUUGGGCUGGGAAAGCAAGCAGCGGGACUGAUGCCCUAAAAUUUCGAUGCUGCUCCUGCUCCGUUCUUUCUGUUAUAUGCUGCUGCUAUCUUUUGUGACCCAGGUCACAGAAUGCAGCCUUGGCAUAGUCGGAGGGAGUAUCUGAAGUGAAGAGAAUGAAUCCAACCAAUUAACAUAUGUGUCAAUGGUAAAUGCUCGUACUUAGCAUAUAUGUUGUAGUUUCUUCCUUUGUCUCCAUUGUAACAAAGUGCUCUCUGGGUUCUUUUCUCUUAGUUUGCACUAGGCUUUUUUUUCCAGUUUCUCUUUUUGCAACCAGUUAUGUAUAAGAGAAGCAGUUUAAAGUGCCAAAGCUCAAUUUCAGUUUAAGGGUUAAUAU